GCCGAGCGCUCGCGGGCCGACGCCGCUGCCGGCGCCCUCGCUCUGAGGAGAGCGGCCACGGGCCCGGCACAGCCGUCACGGCGCCGCCAUGUUGUGCGGCGGGGACGCGUUGGCGGGCGCCGUGACGGCUCUGCUGGGCGCGCUGCUGGCGCUGAGCCGCAGCCCGGUGCUGGCGGCCCUGCUGACCGCGGGCCCCUUCCUGCUGCUGCACGUUUUCAGCCUGGAGCCCGCCUCGCCUCACAGCGCGCGACGCGUCCUGCGGCCCCACGGCGCUCCCGCCCGCAUCGCGCACCGCGGCGGCGCGCACGACGCCCCUGAGAACACUUUGGCGGCCGUCCGACAGGCAGCUGAAAAUGGAGCAACAGGCGUUGAACUGGAUCUUGAAUUUACUGCGGACGGUGUUCCCAUCCUAAUGCAUGAUGAAACAGUAGAAAGGACAACUGAUGGGUCUGGAAAAUUGUGUGACCUGACUUUUGAUGAAAUUAGGAAGCUUAAUCCAUCUGCAAAACACAGGCUGUGGAGCAAAUUCCAGAAUGAAAAGGUACCAACUCUGAGAGAAGCUGUAGUGGAGUCUUUGCAGCACAAUCUUACAAUCUACUUUGAUGUCAAAGGCCAUGCAAAUCAGGCAGUCGAUGCCCUAAAACAACUCUACCUGGAAUUUCCUCGUUUGUAUAACAGCAGCAUAGUCUGUUCUUUCAUGCCAGAUGUUGUUUAUAAGAUGAGACAAGCUGACAGCAACGUGGUAACAGCACUGACAUACAGACCUUGGCAGCUGAGUCACUUUGGAGAUGGGACACCUCGCUUCAGUUCCUUCUGGAAACAUUAUCUGUAUAUGAUGCUGGAUGUCAUUCUGGAUUGGAGCCUACACAGCUUCUUGUGGCGAUUAUGUGGGGUUUCAGCUUUCCUCAUCCAGAAAAAUUUUAUUUCUCAAGAUUAUGUGAGGCACUGGUCCUCAAAAGGAAUUCAAGUGGUUGCCUGGACAGUGAACACAUUUGCAGAAAAAAUGUACUAUGAAACCAUCCUUGAAUCCAGCUACAUCACAGACAGCUUGGUGGAAGACUGUGAUCCUCAUUACUAGACCUUGGAGGGACUCACCAACUAACAGAAGCUGUCUUACUCAGGUGUGAUUACCAACAAAAGCAAACUGACUCUUCUUUUGCUUUGUUUAGUCUUGGUUAUAAAGUCAUAUCAGGCAUUUUUGAUGACGUACUGAACAGUCAUAAUCCUUGAUUCUAGUACUUGAAAGCUUGUUCUAUAACUGUAAUAAUGGGAGAUUAUUUAUGGUAUCUUAAAAGCACCCACAUCGCUGUUCUGAGAACAGUGGCAAAACAUGGUGCCAGAACAGAGGGCAGGUAUAUCUCCCUCCUCCUUCAUGGAGAGAUGGCUGUGCUGCAUCUGGUAGAAAGUGCAAUCAUGUUUUGGGAGGGCAAUUCCUUGUGCUACUCAGUUGUUGCAGUCACUGAUUCCUUAUGUGGGCACUGCUGUGUUCCAGCUGAUGUGCCACACAAUACUCUGAGCACUUUGUGUUGUGCCCUGGGAAACCUGCACUUAGCAGCAACAGAACGGCAGGUUGCAUGGAUCACUGGUGCAGUUCACUACACUGCUUUGUAUAUAAAUGUUCUUGAUAGUGCUCCUCAACUAGAAUUAAAUAUCAGAGCUAGCUGAUAUUUAAAAUCAAUGUUAAGAGGCAAAAGAUACCUAAAUUAAAUAAAAUACUCAGUUGUAAGUGGAAAGAACUGUACAAUCGUCCCAGUGAAGUUCAGACUUCUAAACGAGUGGUAAAUCAAGUGCAUCUUCUUCAUGUGGUGCAACAGCACUCAGAUCUGCAACUGCCUGGCAUGUGCUGUUUGUAGCUUUCCAGUCUGGUUACAAAAACACUUCUGUUUGUUUGCUUCAAAUUCUGUGAGAUGUUCUGAGACAAGGCAGCAGAGGCACUUACUACCACAAGAAUGAGAAGGUCAGAUACAUUCUGGAAAUAGCUUCAUAACACCAACCCCAGGUAGGAACAGAGCUGCUCCAGGUGCUGCCACAUGGACAGUGACAACACUACUGCAGUGCUUGUUUUUUUUCUUCAAAAAAAUCUCUGUUCUCACAGAGAAAUGCAAGGGUCAUCAGCCAAUGAUUGCUGCCUUCUGCAAGCUGGGGUAGCUUUUUUCUUUCUAUCUUGAACUACACAUAAGCACAAAGAAACAUGGGAGUAAGGGUGUGUAAUGCUAUAAUGUGGUGGAAAGCACCCAGUGACAGCAUAGUAGCAAAGUCCUAGGCUGCAGCAAGUGAGGAUAUGCUCAAUGCAGCAGCCAUGGACACAAACAAAGGAAAGAAGCUGCUUACCCUUGGGAGGCCUCAGGUAGCAGAAUUGGCAGUGAAAUGCCCUCGCCUCCACCCUCAGUCCUUAAAUGAGGUCUGGGAAGGCAUGGAUCCUGGCUCCACCCCUUCCAGUCACUCACAUGCACUGCACACACCUGAGCUCCCAUGGCUUGGCCCUGCCUUCCCACCAGGUGCUCCAGCACUGGUUCAGGGUAUGAUUUGCCAUUUCUGCUAUAGGGGAAUUCCCAGAUGUAUUUUUCCUAUCACAUCACUCAUCCGCUGUGUACUGCAAAACCAACAAUCUGUUUUCUGCUUUACAUGCUUAUGAUCUGUACAUUUGUCACACCUCCAUCUAGUUUGUGGCCAGCCCUGAGUGCCAAUCUUUAUGUUUACUGCUGCGUUCUGCAGUCAUUCUCCAGGCUCUGCUCAGAAGAGCUGCCUUCACAGCAAGGAAUCCUUUCUCUAAAGGUCUCUUCUUGUUGCUACUUGGGUUGCUGGCACAGUGGAGUUACUCUCUUUGCUGCCUGUCCUAUUCACAGCCUGACCCACAGCCAUGCAUGCACACACAGAAUAAAAUUCCAUCUCUGGUCUUGA